GAGAGCUGGGCGGGAGGUGUUUGGAGUGACUUAGGGUAUCAAGCUGCUUUGUGAGGGACCCUCUUCCUCUAGAAAUUUCAGCACAUCAAGAAAGCCCUUAUCCAUGCAGGCCUUGAGCAUGGGCUCUGAUGUCAGCCCCUGCGUCCUCCACCCCCGCUCCCUGUUUCCCAGGGUGGCAGACUCGCCAAGGCCAGGGCUGCCUACCCACACCUACAGGGCUGAGUACAGCCCAACCAGGUGCCUGCUGCUGGCCUGGAGCAUUCCAACCUGGACAGGCCACCAUGGUGGGCACUACACUCCUGCUCCUGGCCCUGCUCCCUGGGACUGCCACUGUGCUCAAUGAACCACUUGCACCCCCAUUCCCUGGGGCGCCUGGCCCCUGGCUGCGCAGACCCCUUUUCAGUCUGGAUUUAUCAGACACAGAGGAUUCAUUCCCUCGCCGCACUGGGCCACUGGAGGUUCCGGCCGACAGCCAUGUGUUUGUGCAGGCAGCCCUGGCCCGUCCUUCACCGAGAUGGGACCUGGCCCUGCACCGCUGCUCAGUAACGCCUUCCUCACGCCCGGCCCUGGGGCCUGCUCUGGUGCUUCUACGUGGGGGCUGCCCUGCUGACGCCUCUGUCAACUUCUCACCACCUCCACACCCGGAUGCUGCUCGCCCCACACGCUUCAGCUUCCGCCUGCGCCCGGUAUUCAACGCCUCAGUGCAGUUCCUGCACUGCCAGAUAAGCCGCUGCCGUCGCAGCCACCGCCACCGAGCUCUCCACCAGACACCGACGCCUCUUACCCCGCGAUCGCCAUCGCAGUGUCUGCCUCAAGAUGAGGCAUGCGCGGGCAGCGGUGAGAGCCUUGGUACCGACAGCCCCCACCUGCACACUCUGACGCAGCCCAUCGUGGUCACAGUACCUCGUCCACCCCCUAGGCCGUCUAAGAGCCUCCCCGGCAGGGCCGUGCGUCCAGAGCCGCCCUCUCCAGCCGCUGCAGCCCUGGAGCCCGCACCAGUGGUGGCGUUGGUGUUGGCCGCAUUCGUGCUGGGUGCUGCGCUGGCCGCUGGGCUCGGUCUCGUCUGCGCGCACUCAGGUACCGACUUCUGUCCCGCCAGAACCCAACACCUAUUUCCAUACCUCCCCCACGUCACCCCCCCCCCUCCCCAUGUGCCCCAUCAUGCUGAACUUUCUUGGAUCUGGCCCUCUGGGCUAGUACACUGCAGCAGCGUCCACCAGGUGGCGCGCUUACCCUGGCGCAGUGCACAGGCAACCCCUAUUCCAGCCAGCUUCUUCUUUCAGCACCUCCAGCCCCCGGCCAGCCUCCUAGAGCGCCCCCCAGCGGCCCCCAGAUCCAGAGGCCCUAGUAGGCAGAGAUGGCACAACCCAGUGAGGUCCUGUGAUGCAUCCAGCCAUGGAUUCAGAACCCUUUGGGAGGACUCGUGCACAUCUCCCCUCCCCCACCUCGUCGGUACUCCCCUGGUUCAAAAUAAAUUUCUUACCUGCCUGCUAACUUCUAGUGGAGUUAAUGAGCUCCCAAGCACAGGGUGGCGGAGAGGGCAGGAAAGGGAGCUCCGUGUUGUGCCUGGGAACCAGAACUUGGAAGAUUCAUGGCUAGGAAAGACAGAUUGGAGGGGCGCGACUCCAACCCCCAUGAACACGUAUACCCAGGGAGAGUCAGGGGCCAUUUGCCUGGAACAGAAAAUCACACCCAGCCUGGCCAGCUUAAGUUUAAAUUAAGUCCUGCUUUCUUCCUCCACUCCAACACCGCAGCUCACCCAUCCCCAGACUCCGCCUUCUUUCAGGUCUCUUGAAUCCCUCCUACCCCACCUCCCACCCCACCCCCGCACUGAAGCAAUAAUAGAACUUCCAGGUUUAGUUUACCAGCGAGGAAACUGAGGCUCAGCAAUACUAAACCACCUUCGCCAAAGUCUCCAGGGCUGUCUACCCCCAUAAUCCAAACCUGUUUUUCUCUCAAGCUAGGCUUUCACUAUGUAGCCCAGGCUAACCUUGAACUCAAUGGUCUUUCUGUCUCAGUCUCCAAAUGCUGGGACUAGUAGCCACCACUUCUGGCAAGCCAGGGUUGGUUUGUUUGUUUAGAUUUAUGUGUGUGUGUUGCCUGCAUGUAUGU